AUGGCGAUCGCCACGCUGCUGAGCUCCUCCUUCGCCAUGCCCGCCGCCGCCCGUAGGGCCUCCUCCGCCUCCUUGGGCUUCGCCACGUCGCAGCUCGCCGGCCUCUCCCUCUCCCUCUCCGCCGGCGCUGCAACUCCAACCGCCGUCGCCCUCCUCCCCAAGAGGCAGCAGCUCCAGCCCAUCGUCGCGCGGCGUGUGUGCCCGUUCACGGACAAGAAGACGAACCGGGCCAACAAGGUGUCCUUCUCCAACCACAAGACGAAGAAGCAGCAGUUCGUGAACCUGCAGUACAAGAAGCUGUGGUGGGAGGCCGGCAAGCGCUUCGUCAAGCUGCGCCUCUCCACCAAGGCCCUCAAGACCAUCGAGAAGCACGGUCUCGACGCCGUCGCGCGCAAGGCCGGCAUCGACCUCAACAAGAAGUGA